CUCAUGGAGUGAGUGACCGGGGCUGUUUAAAGCGCCUUUGUCUCGGACUUGUCUGCAGCUUUGAUGUUCUUGCAGAUGGGAGAUCAGAUUACAGGAAUCAGACCGCAGGCUUUCAUUUGAGGAGCUGUUCAUCCAGCGCGGGACCCGGACAGACUCUGGAUCUUCAACCCUUACUGAGCGCAGAUCACCGGAGACCGACACACCGUGUCAGAAUGCCGCAGGCUCAGAUCCUCUCCAGGUUUCCUCUUCAGAGGAUACUCAUCCUUCCACUGUGUGUUCUGUUUGCAGUGAUGGCAGAGGAGAGAAGAGACUGCAGGGAACAGGAAUACAAGGAUAAGUUUGGGAGCUGUAUUCCCUGCCGGCAGUGCGACGCUGGACAAGAGCUCUCCAAGGAAUGUGGCUUUGGCUAUGGGGAGGAUGCCCAGUGUGUGCCCUGCAGAGCCAGUCGCUUCAAAGAGGACCGCAGCCUGCAGAAAUGCAAGCCCUGUCUGGACUGCUCGCUGCUCAACCGCUUCCAGAAGGGGAACUGCUCCACUACAAACAACGCCGUGUGUGGAGACUGUCUGCCCGGGUUUUACAGAAAGACAAAGUUACGUGGAUUUCAGGAUAUGGAGUGUAUCCCGUGUGGAGAUCCACCACCACCAUAUGAAACUCACUGUAUGGGCCGGGUGAAUCUGGUGCCUCUGCCGUCGACAGUGAGCAGUCCUCGAGACAUGGCUCUGGCCGCUGUGAUCUGCAGUGCUCUGGCCACUGUCCUCCUGGCGCUCUUCAUCCUCUGUGUGAUCUACUGUAAGAGACAGCUGCUGGAGAAGAAACCAGUAUCCAUGAGGGCUCAUGAGGGCCCGUUCCUGGGCUCGGAGUUGUCUUGUUUGGACCGGAGAGUGCUGGAGUUGUCCCAGAGACCCUGCUGUCACUGCACUCAUGGAUCAGAGCAGACGUGUGGUGGCGUUCAGCUGGUGUCGUCUGUGUGUUGUGAGGAUGUCUGGAGUCAAAACAGAAGACGAGAUGCUCCAGCCUUUCACUCACACUGCAGAAUCUCUGACAAUGGCAGGCUGACGAACGAGUCGGUGGGCAGUCAGACUGAUAUGGCCUGUGCUCCUGAUGAAGUCUGGCCGCUCGUUCAGUCCAGAAGAACCACAGACAGUCUCCAGACCAACCAGAGGUGCUCCUCAUGUGAAGAGGAUGAGGAAGAAGUGCAGAUCUCAGAUCAGCGAACUGCAGAGGAGCCUGAGGAUGCCUCACACAAACCACUAAUACAGCAGACCACUGACACUGAAGGAUGAGCUGCUUUAAUCUCAGCGCCUGUUGUUCUCGGAGAGCCUUUCUGACGGUGGAAGAAGCAAAAGGAAGAUCCAACCUCAGAUUAAAGCAGGCCACACACACUGAAGACAACGGCUGACGAAAGACACUUUAUUAACGUCUAAACAAAACCACACUCCACGUUUAGCACUGACUGCUUAUGCAGUCAACCUGAAUGGAUUCUGCUAUAGAUCAAACUGCGCCUAUAUAUGUAUCUGUGUGUGUGGUCAGUUGUAAAAGACUGGGUUUUCAUCUAAUGAUUCAAACUUUGUUUUUCAAAAUUGUGAGCUUACAGUUGCAGUUCUGACUUUUUCUUUUUUCUUAUAAAGGCUCGUACACACUGGGAAGCUUUCGCUCAUGUUUAUCGUCAACGUUUUUCUGGAUUGAAAGCCAGGUGAUUUUCAUUGCUGUUAAGCAGAGUGAACAGGCAUAAUCACCCCCUGACAUUAGAUGGCAGUGAAACAGUCCAUCUGUGUCGUUAUAAUGGCGUCGACAAACUUGUGACUCUUUUUGUUCCGACACAAUGCAAAUAGCAGCUCCACAUUCAUCUUGCCUCGGUGCAUCAUCGUCUACAUUGAAUGAAAGUGAAGCUGGAAUCGUUUCCGUUUUGUGCUUGAGCACCUCCAAGUGGUGUUCCAAGUGGCAUGUAAACAAAGGUGCCAAUUGUUUUAGACGUGGCCGUCAAAACAAACAAACAUGAGGUAUUUUUUUAUUAAAAAUGACGAUUUUAUGCCUGGCCUUUUGCACAUUGGUACACACGUUCACAUUUGCUCCCUUUGUUUAGUCAUGCAGUGUUAAACCAAAAAUGCAUCGCAAUUUGAACGGACCUUAAUGAUAAAUGAUUUAAUUUACUUAGAAUUAUUAGCCCCCCCCUUGACAUUUUUUUAUUUUUUAUUAUAUUUCCCAAAUGGUGUUUAACAGAGCAAGAAAAAUUUCACAGUAUGUCUGAUAAUAUUUUCUCUUCUGGAGAAAGUCUUAUUUGUUUUAUUUUGGCUAGAAUAAGAGCAUAUUUAAAUUUUUUUAUAAACCAUUUUUAGGUAAAAAAUUAUUAGCCCCUUAUAUAAAGCUAUAUUUUUUCGAUAGUCUACAGAACAAACCAUCGUUAUACAUCAACUUGCCUAAUUACCCUAACCUGGGGUGCGUGUCCCAAAACCAUCGUUAGCCAACUAAGGUUGCAAGUUCUGUUAUUACACGCAUAGUUUAUUGAUUAACCGUUUCCCAAAUACGUCGCUCCAACGAACAUUCGCAAAGUGCGUCGCAAACUUGAGCACUCGCAACUACACCUCUGGAGCUGUAGUUAGAAACAUAGUUACUGAAUGUGUUCUAUUCCCACUUAUCCCCCCUAUACCCUAUUCAUUUUGAACAUUCAAACAUUCAAAGUUGGAAUUUUAAAUUAAAAAAGCAUUAAGGUCAUCUCUCUUAGGUGUAAUUUGCUUCCAAACUAUUUGGGGGGUUAAUAUUUUAGGGGGCCUAAUAAUUCGGACUUAAACUGUAUAUGCAAAUUUAAAUGACAGAAAACAAUUCUAACAAUAGUCAGAAUAGUUAGGUGUAAACCUAAAUUUGAAGAAUAAACAUUAGAAUUGCUCAAAAUAAAGUCUGAAUUGUGCUAAAUAGUUGGAUUGGGAUGAAAACCUAAACAAUUUCAGUUGUUAGAAAUAAAAGUUGCAAUUAUGAAAUAAAAGAAGAAGAAACGAAAUGAGCAGAUUUGAGAAAUCAAGUUGUGUGUAUGUUCACCAGCCUGUUGAAUUGUAGAUAUUGUAUCAUAGGAAAUAGAAGGACAAUAUUUUUAUAAUGUAGAUACUCAUCCUGUGCCUUCAGUCUCGCUGUAUGGUCUUUUCUUAUAGAAAUCGACUCAUCAAAUGUUUUCAAUAAAGUUUUACAAACCUUA